AUGACACACAAUAUUGUACACGUCAGCGACGACACUUUCUCUGAUGAAGUCUUAAAUGCCGAAGGUCCGGUGUUGAUCGACUAUUGGGCCGAAUGGUGCGGACCCUGCAAGAUGAUCGCGCCGAUUCUUGACGAGCUUGCGGCAGAAUAUGGUGACAAAUUGAAAAUCGCUAAGCUGAAUAUUGAUGAAAACCCCGCGACACCACCGAAAUACGGUAUCCGUGGAAUCCCGACGCUGAUGCUGUUCAAGGGCGGCAACGUCGAGGCAACCAAAGUUGGUGCUGUAUCCAAAUCUCAGCUUUCUGAGUUCAUAGACAGCAACGUCUAG